AUGGCUCCUUCAAAAUCAGCAAGGCAAACCAGCAGAAAGAAGAAAGGAACAGAGCGGAAAAAAGAGGGGGCUUCUGGAUUAGAAACCCAAAGGAGGACAGAGCCCAAAGCUGGAGAGAAGAAAACAGAGCUGGAAAAGACAGCACAAUCUGAACAGACAAAAACCACAAACACAGAGAGAUCUAAGGGACGCAGAGAUGCAGCUAAACCUCCUCGGCACAGUGACCCAGACAAAAAGAAGAGUAGGGAUGAUCCUGCACCUAUCCCCAAAGCUGACAAGGGAAAGGGUACGACUAUUAAACAGCAGUCGAAGUCUGCAGGAAAAACAGAACUGAGGGAUGACAGGAGAGUGCAAAUACAUAAGAAUAAGGAAGUCACUGAAUCAUCAGAACCAAAGGGGAAGAAGGGCAGGAGUAAAGCAACAAGUGAUGUGAAAAAGGAGAGAGAGACAGAAAAACAGGAGAGUAAAGGGUUGAUAAAUAAAAUGAAUGAUCGAUCAGCUCAUGACAGAUCAGAAACUAAAGAGAGUGAGAAAUUGAAAUCAGCAGGAAAGGUGGAUGCCAGCAAGGUUAAAUCAGUCCCUGCUGAGACUGCCAAGAAAGGUAAUCAGAAGAGAGUGGAGGACAACAAGACUCCAAAACUAUCCCCUUUCAGGGAGAAUCUUAAAUCCAAGCCCAAGAGAGAAGAUAAAGACAUCAGAAAAGGAAUGAAAAUGAAGAGCAUGAAACAUACAGAACAGAGGUGGGAGGAUCCAGAGGAAUCAGAGGAAGAGGAAGAGGAAGAGGAAAGCGGGGAGGAGAGUGGGGAAGAUGAAGAAUCUAUAAGUGAGAGUGAAGAAGAGAGUUCAGAGGAAGGCAGUGGAGGUUCUGAGGAAAGCAGUAAGGAAGAGGAGGUUGAGGAGGAGGACCCUACAACAGGGAAUUCAGACAGUGAGGGCCAGAAUGAUGCAGGGACAGAGGAGGGUGAUAGUGAGGCUAGUGAUUCUGGGGAGAGUAGUGAGGUUGAGGAGGACACAGAAGAUGAAGGAAGUGAGGAAGAGCCAGAACCAGAGGACAAGUCCAGUAGUGAGGAAGAGGAAAAUUCAUCUGAGAGCUCCCAGGAGGAAACUUCAAAAUCACUGGUAAGAAGUGCUAGCCCCGAGGAAGAGAAAGAAUCUGAGGCCAAAGAGGAGGCUGGAUAUGACAGCAGUGUGAAUGAAGAACCACCACAGCCAACAUCAUUCAAAAAGCUGCUUCCUGUGAAAAAGACAAAUGUGCCUCUAAAAUUAACAACCAAGCUUCUGGCAGGAGUCAAAGUCAAACCCAAGACUGAGCUCAGCAAAGAAAUUGUUGCAAUAAAGGUACCACGGGUGGAGAAGGCAAGUGAACCUAAAAUGACAUUUUCCAGGCUUAAGGCCAAAACAAAAGACAAACCCCAAAUCCUGGAGUUGGCCACAGCAGCAAAAAUCACCAGAAAGAAGAAAGACGAAGAGAAGAAAAGCAGUGGACUGGAUGUUCCAGUGAAGAAAGUGACCCACAGCUUGCUAACAAGGCAGUCAAAAAUGAUCCUGACACUAAGGAUGAAGCAGAGAGAGGCAAGAACCAAACUGACAUGUGAUGGUCAAUCAGAACAGAAUUCAGAAGUGUCGAGUAUGGUGACGGAAGAGUUCUCCAAUGAUGUCUCUCAGAACGGCACAGCCAAAUCUGUUGAGAAAACCAAUAAAAAACAGGAACAGGAGGAUGCAUCCGGGUCUGACAGGGGUGCCAAAAAGGCAGAAAUUCAACAGCAACUGGGUAUGGGCCGUACACAAAACAUUGGCCUGAUGAUUGGUAAGGUGAAAAUGGCAUCCAUUGGGUACCAGACCAGGAAGAAAUAUGACAAGACCAAGGAUGAGUGUCAACCAGAACCCCCUUCUGCACCAGUUGAUCAGCAAGCCUGCAGAAAGAAGAGGGUGAACACUUUACGCCGUGUCACUGGCUGGCUUCACCACAAGAUGCCCAAGAAUCUCAAUCUCCGAGCAAAGCUGGUGGCAGUGGGUCGGGCAAUUGGCUUCUCUGCCUGGCUGGCCAAGAGAUUGCAGAAGAAGAACAGGCAGAGCAGAUUCCGGAGGAGGAUGGCUAUCCGAAUCGCCAGCACUGCAGGACUGGCAAACAAACAGGGUCGGGUGGCAGAUGGAAAUGGUGAAUCCAUUGUAGAGGGGAUCUCAGUGGCUGAAGAUACAAAGGAUAAAGGCAGAUCAAGUAAGUUGCAAGUGGAAAGUUCAGAAGAACUUCAGGAAGACCAUGGAGACUUAGAAUCUGAUGAUUCUCCAGUUGAAGACCAAAAUACCUCCUCCCCACAGGCAAACUCUGAAAGCUUCAGUGAGCCGGAAGAAAAAGCCACCUCUAGCGAUGCUAAGUAUGCCAUUGUGUUUCCACGAGUUCACAGACUCGUCAAAUCCAUAGGGGCCACUACAGAGGCCAGCAGGCCCAUUGAAGCUCCACAGAAUUGUGGAAAGCCUUCCAGACGUAUUUUGCCUGUGCAGCCAGACUUGAAGUCUCUAAAGAGGCACACAGCUUCAUCUGAGCAAAUGGGGAAGGGGAGGUUAGAGAAUCUGCUCUACGGAGAUAGAGAGUCUAAGUCCAGGCUUAACGGUAAUAACAAAGAAGGGUGUCGAGCUCGGUCAAGUAAGCUAGUCCCUUCUCAGUUUAAAGUAGCCAAACUUAUGUCCUCCAAACCUAAGCAACAAACUACUGAAGUAGAUAAAGAACUUGGACAAGGAAAUAAAGGACAUACAGGUGAUAAAGGGUUCAGGUUAGGGUUCAGUGAUGGUGAACAAGGUAAAGGUUUGGAAGACGAGAUGCUGACAUCUUCAUAUGAUGAAGAAGAGGCAGACCAUGAAGUUGCUCAAUUCAUGGGGGAAGGGGUGUUUGAGACCAACAUGGAAGUGCACUGGGCCCAGAGCCGUGACCCCCUGGACUGGCUACGAGCCGAGACCCUGCUCCCUCACCCCACCAUCGAGAAGCUCAGCAAGUGGACCAUGUACAAGGAAUCAGAGCUGCCUCAGCCUCCAGCCUCGGGGGGCAGCUGGGAGCCGGAGGAUGCAGCGGAAGGGAUUCUGGAGAUGGGCCUCACGCACACACAGGUGCAUGUGGAGGGCAGGCCGCAUUCUGUGGAAGUGGAGGAAGUAGAGGAUCUCUGCCUGCUGGAAGAGGUGUGUGAGAGUGCAGUGCUGCUAAAUCUGAAGAAGAGGUUCCACAGGGACUCCAUUUACACCUACAUUGGGAAUCUCCUGCUGUCGGUGAACCCCUUCAAGCUGCUCAGCAUAUACACAGAGGAGCUGAGGCAACAGUACCAAGGCAAGGAGCUUAACCACAAUCUCCCACAUGUCUUUGCCAUCGCUGAUGCAGCAUACUGUCAAUCACAGAUUUCGGACCAGGAGCAAUGCAUCGUUAUCAGUGGGCAGAGUGGCUCUGGAAAGACUGAAGCUGCAAAGCUGAUAAUUCAGUACCUGAGUAUCGUCUAUCAAGGAGAGCAGGAGGGAGUUCGCCAGCCCACUGAAGUACUCCCUGUUCUGGAUAGUUUCGGAAACGCCAAAACAACCCUGAAUGACAACUCCAGCCGGUUUGGAAAGUACCUUCACAUCCACAUCCGACACGGUGAGGUGGUGGGAACCUCUCUGUCGCAGUACCUGCUGGAAAAGUCCCGGGUUGUGUUUCAGGCGCGGGGCGAGCGGAGCUACCAUGUGUUUUACGAGAUGCUGAAGGGUCUCAGUGAUAUGCAGAAACAGGAGCUCUACUUGCAGGGGCCGGAGACAUACUUCUACCUGAACCAGGGAGGAGCUUGUGAGCUGGAGGGUAAGGAAGAUGCAGGGGACUUCCUGGUGCUGUUGAAAUGCUUGGAGACGAUUGGUCUGUCUGAGGAUCAGCUGACUACCAUUUGGUCCAUCCUGUCCUCCAUAUUACAACUGGGCAACAUUUGCUUUAGCUCUUAUGAGAGAGACUCAUAUGAGCUGGCGAUGAUCUUCAAUGAUACAGAGACUCGAAUCGUUGGCAGCCUCCUGCAGGUUUCUGGAGAGGCACUUCAGAAUGCCAUCACAUAUCGAAUCACGGAGACCUCUUAUGACAGGAUCUACUGCCCCCUAUCUGUGGAAAGUGCCAUCGACGCCAGGGACAGCAUUGCCAAGGCCCUGUACUUGGUGCUGUUUGACUGGCUGCUGGAGCGCAUCAACGAGUGGCUAAUUCCUAAAGAGAUGGACAGCACUGUGGGCAUCGUGGAUAUCUACGGCUUUGAGGAUCUGGGAGUGAACAGCUUUGAGCAACUGUGUAUUAAUUACGCUAACGAGCAGCUCCAGCACUUUGUGAACAAGGCAGUGAUCUCCCAGGAACAGGAGGAGUACUCACUGGAGCAGAUCGAGUGGUUUCCAGUCCGCCUACCCGACUGCCAGUCCUGUCUGGAGAUGAUCUCUGCUAGGCCCCACGGCAUCCUGCGAAUACUGGAUGACCAAACCAGCCUGCCGCAGGCCACAGACCACACCUUCCUCCAGAAGUGCCACUAUCACCAUGGAAACAGCCCAUUUUAUACCAAACCUAAGAUCCCACUGCCAGUGUUCACUGUACAGCACUACGCCGGUGCUGUAACCUACCAGGUCCACAAAUUUCUGAAUAAAAACCAUGACCAGUUUCGUCCAGAGGUAGUGGAGCUGUUUUCACGUAGCCGUCUGAAGAUGGUGUCCAGUCUGUUUAAGAAAGUGCAGCAAGGCUACCUGCAGCAGAAAGAGUUCGGGUCAAGAGGUAAAGGUCAUCGCCAUCAUGCCCCAACGGUAGCAGCCAGAUUUCAGCAGUCAUUGUCUGAGCUCACAGCACGCCUGGAGAGGUGUAAAACCUCCUUUGUGCGCUGUCUCAAACCAAACCACAAAAAGCUGCCUGGUAUAUUUGAUGUUGAUUAUGUCACCUUACAACUGAGGCAUGCUGGGGUACUGGAGACCAUACACAUCAGAAAGGAGGGCUAUCCCAUCAGAAUCCCCUUUCAAUAUUUUAUCAGCAGGUAUGGUCCACUGCUGUCCAGACAGCACAGCCACCUCCCUGAGAGAGACCAGUGUGCCCUCAUCCUGGAGAGGCUGUCAGGGAGAUCACCGGAGCACUAUCAGCUGGGGCUGAGCAAGGUGUUCCUGAAGCAGACUAUGUUCCAGCUGCUGGAGGGCCAGUGGAGUAACACUCAGACCUGGGCUGCCAUCACCAUCCAGAGGAACAUCAGGGGCUUCAUCUCUCGCAAGAACUUCCGCUUCUUUAGACACAAAGCCAUCAUCAUCCAGGCCCACAUCCGCGGUCACCAGGCCAGGAAGCAGUACAAGAGGCUGAAGAAGUCAUUAACCCAGUUCUGGACUGCAGUGAUGAUAACCAGGUCCACUAUAAGGAGGAAGCACUAUCAGUUUGUUUGCCUAAUGGGUCCUGGUUACGUCAGCUCCAGCUGCAGUGUAAAGUUCACAGGUAAUAAAGGCACCUCCGUGCUUGAGCAAUCUCUUCCCUUUAUUAUUAGUCUUGGGAACUUCGACUCAGCAGGAGUUCCACAGCAGCUCUACCAUACUGAAACUCACUUUCCCACCAACAGUAUAAAGGGAGAGAAAGAAAAGAAACGAGGGAAGUCAGCGAUCAGAGGCCAGUCUGGGGCAACAGGAAUGGAUGUGGGUAUUCUGGAGAUUCCUGCUGAGCUGUCAGCCCUGCUGCGUGCUGCACAGGGGCGACAGCAUGGUACAGAGAGCCGUGUCAGUGAGGUGGCUCCUCCUCAGGUCAAAGCCGAGUUCAGCCUGUCCCUGCCCCCCGACAUCAACAACCACCCCUUCUCCAAAUAUACCAGCACACACCUCCAGGAUGGAUGGGCACAAUCCCAGGACAGCCCCCUGCAGAGACCGCUCACCCAGCUGGGCAGAGAAGACUCAGAGUCAGCACUGGAAAUCUGCAAACUGAUCCUGCGCUUUGUGGGAGACGAGGAUCUCCACGGCUGGAAGGAGGUGGUCCUGGGGAACUACAUCGCUCAGCGGGGUCUGGCCAGUCCUCAGCUACGCAACGAGAUCCUCAGCCAGCUGGCCCACCAGACCUGGGGCAACCCCGGGGACGAGCGGGGGCAGCGGGCCUGGCUGCUACUGGCAUCCUGCCUGGGCUGCUUUGUGCCAUCACCUGGCCUGGACAAACCCCUACUCAAGUAUGUGUCGGACCACGGGCUUGGGGAGUACAGGUCAGUCUGCCAGCACAAGAUACUGACCGGUCUGCAGCACAGCCCAGAGGCUGCUCGAGUCUACCCAGCAACACAGCUUGAGUGGACAGCCAAUCAGAGAAAAGGAAAGAUGGUGCUGGAGGUUCACAACUACAAUGAAGAGAAACUCACAGCCGAAGUCAGCUCUUGGACGACAGGGGAGCAGCUUGCAGGCUGGGUCCUUAAUUUCAGGGGGCUGGCGGAGGUGCAGAAAGGCUGGUCAGUGUCCAUGUUCACUGGGGAGGACUGGAAGGACCUGGCUGGCUGUGACUUUGUGAUGGACCUCAUUGGGGAGACUGAAGCAGACAGUCACCAGUACCCAGCCUCUCACUCAGACUAUAUCUUCAACCCUGUGACAAAUGCACAUCCUGAUAGUGACAUGCUGGAGGACAGUAUUCCCGCCGCCCCUGAUAUCCAGGCUCCCCUCCUUCCUCCUGUCCUGAACUCUGCAGACACAGCUCACUGGGAUUCACAAACCUCUGUGUAUGAAGGCUCCGCCCCACAGCGUCGCCCCCAGGCUGGACUUGACUCCUAUGUGGAUGACCUUUUUGACCCUGUGCUGGACUAUGGAGAGGAUGAGAUGGAGAGGGCUAGCAUGCUGAGCAGGAGAAUGAAGGGUGGGGGUGGAGUAGGCCCCAAUCAACCAGGGAUGUUUCCAUUCACAGGAGCUCCGAUGAUGCAAGGCUAUCCUAUGGGUAUGCAGGCAGCGGACCAGAUGCCCAGCUAUCCUACGAUGCCAAUGAUGGGUGGAAUGAUGCCAAACAUGCCCAACAUGCCCAUGAUGCAGCCCAUGCCAUCCAUGAUGAUGCCUGCGGCCCCUGCUCCCCCUCUCCCCGCCCCUGACCCCCGGCAGGUGGCAGCACAGCAGCAGGCCUUCAUCAACCAGCAGGCCCUCAUCAUGGCCCAGCAGAUGACUCUCCAGGCCAUGUCACUUUCUCAGCAGCAGCAGCAGCUGAAUCAGCAGCAGGAGUCCAGUAUGAGACCCACCCUUCCAGUCGCCUCCAAACUCAAAGCUCAAACCAGCCAGCAACCUUCCCUUCAAAGAACUCCACAACCCGAACCCGAGGCGAGACCCAUUGUCCACAGAGCCCCAGAACCUGAGGCGAGACCCAUCAUGGACAGAGCCCCAGAACCCGAGGCGAGACCCAUUGUGGACAGAGUCCCAGAACCCGAGGCGAGACCCAUCGUCCACAGAGCCCCAGAACCCGAGGCGAGACCCAUCGUCCACAGAGCCCCAGAACCCUGGGCGUCUGUCGAAGAGGAGAAUCAGGAUCCAGAGCAACUGGAGACAUUCAGGAAAAAGAUGGAGUUUUUCCAAAAAAUUGGGACCCAGGAGAGCCAUGUGAAGAAGGUGACCCUCCCUAAAAAGAUCCAGCUGCCCAAGUCGGCCCCUCCUAGCAGGGAGGAGAGGGAGCCCACUGUGAAUGAGAAAGCCAGGAAGCUCCCAGAGGAAGAGAGGACUGAAAGCCCAGUCACAGUGCCCAAUGAAGAACAGUCCGAGGAGCAAGAAGAUAAAAAAUGGGAGAAGUCCCCAGAAGUACCUCUGUCCCCCAGCGAGCCCAGUAGCGAGAUUCGAGAUAUCAUCAAACAGUACCAGAGCCGGCCCGACCCAGACCUCAAACCCUUCGUGCCUGUCAGGGUUCCUACCAAGUCAUUUGUGAAGAAGAACGACCCAAAGGAAGAGGCCUUGGCCAUUCUGAGAAUGAAGAGCCAAGAUCCACCCCCUGAGGUGAAUGCAAUAACACAGAGCUGCAGCAAGGGGGAGCAGCGUUCUUUACUCCCACCUCCUGCCAAGAAGACCCCUCCCCCUCCUCUACAAAAGAAGGUCAAAGUCCUGCCUAAACAAGAGGUGGCUCCACCCCCUCCUCCUCCUCCCCCUGUUUCCAACCCUUCCACCAGGGGGCCACGGUCCAUCUCCAGCAGCAUGCAACAGAAGCAGCAAUCAUUGGCUGAUCUCUUCAGCCCUCCCCCUACCACAACAACCCCACCUCCUCUUUUGAUAAUCCCACCCCCUCCACAGGCUCCGCCUCCAGCCCCACCAACAACAGUCGCACCCAGCGCUGUGCCAAAGAAGGCUGCUGACGACAAUAUAAAGACUCAGCUCUACAAGUUCUCGGCCAGCGUCUACUUCUCCUACGCUGACAUGCGUUCAAAACUGUUCCUUCGCAAAGAGGUGUUCUACCCGAGGGAGAAGUUUAACCAGCCCUACAUUCUGAACCACCUGUGUGAGCAGAUCAUGAGGGACACCUACUCUGACUCCUGUAUCCGCAUCACUCGAGAGGAACGCCGCAAGAUGAGGGACCUGCUGGCUGAUUUCCAUGUGGGGACCAGCAUCAGCUCUAUGCAGGACAACAACAUGAAGAAGAGAAUCGUGUUGGCGGCCAGAGACAACUGGGCCAACUACUUCUCACGUCUCUUUCCUGUCUCUGGAGGCAAUGGAUGUGACAGCCAGAUUUUGGGGGUGUCCCAUCGUGGGAUCCGGCUUUUGAGGGUAGUGAAGGCGUCCGGCAUCAACCCCAAACACCUGAAGAUCCAGCGUAGCUACAGCUACGCAGACCUGCUCUCAGUGAAACAAGAUAAGCACAUCCUGGAGUUCACCUUGAAGCGUGACCAGCUGCUACUCUACUCCACCCGAGCCGAACAAAUCAAGAGAAUGAUCAACCUGUUCCUGGGAGAGCUCCGCAAGGAGUCCAAUCACAUGAUCGCACUGAGGAGCUUCAUCACCGAUGACAAGAGCCUGCUGACAUUCCGCAAGGGUGACAUCAUCAAGCUGCUGCACAUGCAGGGGCUGCACCCAGACUGGCAGUUUGGGUCAAUCGGUGGGCGGUCAGGCCUGUUUCCAGCUGAAUACACUCAGCCCACAGCGCCCCCAGAUUACUACAGCGCUCACCUAGAGCGCAGAGAGGAGCGCAGGAAGUGUGUGUUUACAGCGCAUCCUAAAAAAGAAAGUCUGGCAGGCAGCGAGGUCUCGGGGCGCACUGAGCCAUCUCUGCUGGGGUCAGGCGAGGUCAGCCAGUACGUCAUGACAGAGUUCGCCAUGAAGUACUUCAGAGAGGCUGCUACCAAACUGGGGUGGAAAGGUAUGACUGCGGAGGGACGAAGCUCAGUGGAGAUGGUCCAGCACACCAAGGUCCCAGUUCAGGAAUCCCUCAUCUUCUACUCCGACAGUGAACUCAAUGAGCUUGCUGCUCAAAACUUCAUGAAUGUGAUGCGAUUCAUGGGUGACCAGCCUGCGAUGAAAGACAAGAGUGAGGGCGACUACAUUGUCAGCAUUCUCCAGCUGGGCAAGGAGAAGGAGGACCUGAGAGAUGAGAUUUACUGCCAAGUGAUCAAGCAAGUCACACUCAACCCUCAGCAGGAGAGCUGUGUGCGCGGCUGGAGGAUCCUGACCCUCAUCACAGGCUUCUUUCAUUGUUCAAACACCCUGCUGCCAUACGUGACCCGCUUCCUCCAGGACAUCCUGCGUGACCAGGGCAACGGUUUCCAAGAAAUGGCCCGUUCGUGUGACGAGAACCUGCGACGCUCGCUCAUCCAUGGGGGCCGGAGACACGCCCCCUCCAAGCAGGAAAUGGAUGCCAUCUUGCACGGAAGUAGUUCCAAGAGGAUUGCUAUAUACCUGCCUGGGAAGGUGGAGCACUACGGCAAGAUCCAUACCUUCACUGUGGCGCUGGAGCUGGUCAGUGACCUGUGUGCAGAGAUGGGAGUGCUGCAGCUACAGGAGAUCAAGGAGUUUUCUAUCUCUGCCAACCACAACCAGGGUCAGGUGGUGCGGCCCAUCAGACCUGACGAGUAUGUCUUUGACUUCUUAUUGGAAGACAACACAGUCACCCUGUGGCUUAAGCGUGUCAUGUGGAAAGAGCCGCUGCACUUUGAAAAUGAAUUCUACAUCAACGUCCACUACAGACAGAUCCUGUCUGAUUACCUGGAAGGAAGGCUCCUGCUGCCAAGUGACAGUGCCCAGCUUGACCAACAGGUGGCAAUGUUGGCAGCCCUACAGCACUGUGCCAAGGGACUGGGUCAGGAGCCCACAGUUCAGCAGUUGAAGCAGUAUCUCCCCCAGAGCUCCGUCAGCAGUGUCAAUGCUCAGAUCAUCCUGGGCUCCACACUCAUGCGGCUGGGCACCAUGCAAGACCUGAGCCCUGCUGAAGCCAUGAUCCACUUCCUCACGACGGUGAGCUCCUUCCCACUGUUCGGCAGUAAUGUGUUCCCGGUGCAGAAGGUGAGUGACCGGCGAAUCCCGUCUCCCUGCAUCGUCGCAAUCAACCAGGAACAAGUCUUCAUCGGAGACAGCCACUCCCAGGAGGAGCUGCUGUCCAUCCCUCUGAUGACAGUCCAGUCGCUGAGGUCCCUGCAGCCAAAGAAGGGGGAGAAGCUCCCAGGGGUGGAGGUGAACUACGGCCCCCCCACAGCCCCCAAAACCAUCACUUUCCACCUCAAACAGGCGAAGGAGAUGUGCCACGUGAUUGCGGUGAUCCUGGAGGAGUUAACUUACAUACCCAGCAGCGUCUCUACAACCAGCACAGUCAGAGAGUCCAACAUGCCUCCCCCAUCCAUUGAGGGCCCCAGAGAGUCCAGGGACUCUGUGGUGAGCACUCCAAAGAGCAAGCCCAAGAAGAAGAAUCCCACUGCUGCCCCCAAACAUGCUGGCAAGAAGACUGAUAAAAACCAGAGUGAUCACAUCCUGCCCAAUCCUGACGAAGCUGCCAUGUACUCAAUGUACUGAAGAGAGAAUUAUUUUAGAUUCUAUUUUUUACACACAAAAAAACCAAAGAUUAUAUCCAACUGUGGCAGGAUGGCUGGGUGGAUAGAUAGAGACUCUAACUGCAGGGUUCAAGCGCUGGGGCGCAUGUUUAUUAAACAAAAAUAAAACAAAAACACAAAACAAAUAGGCAUGGGGUCAAACAAAAGGUAUACACAAAAAUACAAAUUAAACAUAGUCAGGCUGAGCAAUGCCUUCAUUGAAAGCAAAGAAGAGAAACAAAGUCAACAAACAGACCUUCCACGUGGUCUCCCCUCUCCCAGGCAGUUCCUCCCAAUGGAGCUGUGUAGCUCCCUUAUAUACCACGUGGCCAGGGUUGAUUGACAAGUAAUCAUUCAAUCAACACCUGGCCACAUUCUCACACGUAUGUGGUAGGGAUAGGAAUUAACCCUAUCACUGCCAACCACCACCACACACACAAGAACAAAAACCCCACAGAACGAGCCCCAAUAUUUACAAAACUAACAAACAAUAAAUGAUUUACAUGUGCAGGGCUCUGCCCUGCCACACCAACACUUUAAACUUCAAUCAGAAAACUAUAGAAAAACUAUAAGCCACCUAGUUCAAUUUUUUUAUGCAUAGACAAGAAGUUGUAGUUUGAACUCUUGCCUAAUAAAUUCUGUUAGCUUAACUGUUCUCAAAUUGACAAGGUUGUAUGUUAAACCACAUUUCGUGAAUAUGUGGCAUAUGCAGAUUUUGAAAUACACAGUGCAUUUAUCAGGCAGGUGAAAAUAUCUGUCUGUUCUUCUUUUUCUUCAAAUAAGCACUGAACUAAUGUACCUUGCCUUUUAUUUGUAAAGAAUGUUGAGGUUUCGUGUGCAAGUGCUGUACAAUUGAGCACUGAUUACAUAUUACAUUAUUUUUACAAUUCGUAAUGUUAUUUAAACAAUCAUUUAUUUAUUUUAACAGGGUAGAGUAAGUGGAUGACAAAUCAAAAUUUGGAAUCACAACUGCAAGUUCUAGGCAGAAACAUCCACUUGAAGUAUAGCAUAUUUUGAAAAGUAUGUUUUUAAAUUUGAAUAGUGUUGCGUAACCUUGAUUUGACAUAUACACCAAUUUAUAACAUACAGUUCAUGUUUUUUGCUUUCUUGCUCAGCUUAAAAAUAAAUCCUAAUAAAUACUUUGAAAUUUA